UAGACUUAUAACUCCUUUCUCUCUUCAUCUAAGCUUAGCUAUCUUCCUAAUCUCUCAUCUUUUUAACAAAAUGAAGAAAGGGUUGGAAUUCUCCGAAAAUUCUCCUUCUUUAUCCAUGGAGCUAGGAUAUAGAAGUAACGAUAAAUCAUCAGAGUUUUCUAUAAGAGCAUAUGUUAAAUCCACAAUGCCAAGACUCCGAUGGACUCAUGAUCUUCAUCGCCGCUUUGUGUAUGCUGUUGAUCAUCUUGGUGGAAUUGACCGGCUAGAAUUCUCUGAAGAUUCUCCUUCUUUAUCCAUGGAGCUAGGAAACAACAGUAGCGACAAAACAUCAAAGUUUGCCAUAAGAGCGUAUGUUAAACCCAGAAUUCCAAGACUCCGAUGGAUUGAUGAUCUUCAUCGCCGCUUUGUGUAUGCUGUUGAUCAUCUUGGUGGAGUUAAUCGAGCAACACCAAAGAUGGUGCUACAAAUAAUGGAUGUGAAGGGCCUUACUGUAUCUCACAUUAAGAGUCACCUUCAGAUGUACAGAAGCUUGAAACAUCAAGAGAUGCAAGCACUAGCUGCAAAUGGGAGAAAGAGAAACAGAAUUGAUUGUUCAGAUUCAAUGAAUAUUCCUCGGGGAAACCUUGUUCAUCGUUACAAUCAUAUCAAUGGCAAAGCCGCUGUGAUUGAUGGUUCCGAUCAAAUGAAUUUUCCACAGGGAAACCUUGUUAAUGGUUAUAAUCAUAUCAAAGGCAAAGCUGCCAUGUUUGAUGGUUCUGAUCAAAUGAAUUUUCCUCAGGGAAACCUUGUUCAUUGUUACAAUCAUAACAAUGGCAAAUCUGUGUUUGAUGGUCAUCUUAAUCCGACAGUGACAACUAACUAUUUGGACAAAAUUGCUUCCAGCUCUACUGUUUUUCCUCCUCCAUGGAUACCUAUGCCAGAGAAGAAGAUGGGAUUGGAAGGACGAUGCUACAUUUUUAGGGAUUUCUUCGAUGGAACCAUUACUAUUCGAAAUGGAGAAGAUGAUAAUAAAAUCGUGCGAGCAUAUGGAAUUAGCAAUUUGCCUAAUGAGAGUGCAACUUCAAUGAUUGAAGAGGAAAACUCCCAUAGCACUAUGUCUUUGGAGUUAUCUCUCAGUUCAGAUAUCUCUCUUGACCUCACCCUUGGUUGAAAUCCAUUGGUCUCUUCUAUUUCCUCAAGGGAAAAGAAAAACUCUUUUAGUUAAUCCUUAUUAGUAUAUGCUAAUAUAAGAAACUUGUUUCUGCUUAAACUAACCUAGCUUAGCUAGGUUAAUUGAAACUUUCCUACUUAAUUA